UCCGGACACGUGUCUUUAAACGUGAAAAACGUGACAUUCGGAAUUCCUACUGUUGCGUGCCAAUGUGCCACGCAAGUUCAAGGUACGAUUCAACGCUGCAUUUUCAUCGUUUUCCAAGCGACCCGACGGUGAAAUUACAAUGGAUAGAGAACAUCACGAGAAAUGGACGUUGUCCUAUGAAGAUAAUCGACUCUUCCAUAAUCUGCUCGAAGCACUUCACAGAAGACGACUACUGCAAUUGGACGCCCGUCCGCAAGCGCCUAAAUAAAGGGGCCGUCCCUACAGUGUUCGCGGCCCCACCUGAGGACGGUGGCCCCUUGAGCGACAUGCGGCCCUGGCCCAUUCGGCGCGCGAGACGGAGAAGCAGAAAGCUGAUAGAGUCUGAGGCUUCUUAUAACGCCGAAAGAAACGAUGUCAGCAAUUUGGAGAAAAUGCAACUUAAUACAUCGUCAUCAAACUCCACAUGUCGACCGGAAGUGACAGACGUGCACGUGAGCCCAUAUACUGUACAUCCGUUACCAAGGCAAUUUGUGAUGAAUACAUGUACGUCUUCUGACCUUGGAGAUGCUACUACGAUGAAGGACGGGAAUGAAGCACCAAAUGCAUGUAAUAAUGAAGAUAUUGAUACGUACGUGGCUGGUAAACUUACUCACGUCACCAAGGUCAAUGACGAAGAUGCCAAAACAAGACUAUGUAAAACUGAAGACAGUGAUAAAUGCAUUGCUAAUUACCUUGAUGGUAUUUCCAAGAUCAAGGUUAAAUAUGCUGAAGCAAAUCUGUGUAAAAAUGACGUCAUUGAUUCUCGUCCUGAAGACAAUCACGGUACUGAUGUCACCUUACAUGCACGUGAAAAAUACAGAGAUGAAUAUAUCACACAGCGCAGCGUUACCAGCUGUAGAAGACGUGAUAACUGUGAGGAACCUACUUCUGUUGAUUUCGAGCAACUGCGUUCAGCUUUCACUUUAAAACACGAACAGAAGACAGAAUCUGAAUCCAACGAACUGGAACUUCGAAAAAAGAAAUGCCUCGAGAGCCAUAUAAGUAAAAUUUGGAACAAGCACGAGUUAAAAUAAAAUAUUUCAGGUAUUGUUAUGGUUACCGUUCUAGCUAAAGCGGGAUGUUCGUUAACGCCGUGGGACAGAUUUUUAAAUCAGUAAAAAAUAAAUUUCGGCCGUCAACCCGGAGCUUUUUCGACUUGAGACUCAUGAAGCACCCUCCACUCCAAGGGAGUUCUAUAAGCCUCCAUGGUCUAGGCGUGGGAUUUGCAAAUAAAGCAAUGUUUUAAAUUCGCGCGUGUGUCCUCGAUCCCUCGUAAUAGGGGAAAACAUGUAUAUGUGCUUAUACUUAGCAUAAAUGAGAAUUCCUGACUAAAUGUCUUUAAGUUCUGAUAAUUAUAAAUACAUAAAGACCAAAGUCGCCUUUCUUCUAAAAACUUUGUCAAUGAUACCAUUGAGAAUACGCUGUCCAUGCAUAUAAUGAAGUUUGAAGUUAAACGAUAUUUUGACAUCUAUUAUUACGGUGAUUUUAGAGUUGUAGGCUGUGUCAUUUUUCAAAGAUUAAAACCGCCGCACGAGUGUUAGAGAUAAUGUUAUGAUCAUAUUUAUCAAGUAUUUGUCAUUUCCAAAUUGAUAAUGCUUUUAAGCAAGUAUGAGCCGAAACUUGUCAUUACUUAAGUUAGAAAUAUUUAGUAAAUAUUAUAGAAAAAACUUGGUUACCUAUAAAGGUUAAUCGAAGUGGAUUAGGAAUAAAUCCGAAUUAUGUCUGAACGGAUUAUUACUAAGUAAACGUUUCAGUUUUAAAAGUUUACAUUCUAUCACCAUUAAACAGUAGCAUUGUGACUUCUUAGUUCCUUCAAUCAUAAUUCCCUCAGUCUUUUCAUCGGGGAGUUUAUGUUUCCUUUGUCGCGAAACACUUCUGUGAAAUACGACUGUAGGAGAGACAUAUACCAUUUUUAUGGUAAUUUUUCAUUGACACUUGGGAUAGUUCUACAGCGAUAGUGAUCUAAUGACAAUAUCCUAUUAAAAAGUCAAUAUCUU